UUGUACCCGUGGGAUCCUGCUCUGAAUCUCCCAAAUCCUCCACUGUGAACUGGGGGUGGGGCUGGGGGUGGGUGCUGGGGAAUAAAUCUUGUAUGAGAACAAUCUCCGAGAGGCUGCUGUUGCAUGGUGUACCCCUCCAUAGGUCUUCUCUCAUUAGUCUGCUAAAACCAAGUUGGGGUGGUGACAGCCUCAGUAGAGAGGAGCACAGGUAGGUGUCACGGCCUGCCUGCCCCUUCCUAUUUUUCCCUCCUGAGGCCACUUCCCCUGCUACAACCAAGACAUAAAUACAACUAACACCAUCGCUGGCAUUUGCCCCAUCUUUUUUUUUUUUUUUGAGAUUUAUUUUCUUAGAUCAUUGUUUUGCCUGCAUGUGCCCUCGUGCACCUUGUCCUUGCCUGGUGUCUGUGGAAAAGGAAGUCAGAUCUGGAACUGGACUUAGAAUUGUUAGCAUUGUAGGUGCUAGGAACCAAACGGGGACCCUCAACCCUCUACAAAGAAAAGCAAGUGUCCGUCACUGCUGACUUCUCUCUCCAGCCUAGUUGUUUUGUUUUGUUUUUUCGACAGGGUUUCUCUGUGUAGCCUUGGCUAUCCUGGACUCGACUUGUAGACCAGACUGGCGUCAAAGUCACAGAGAUCCACCUGCCCCUGCCUCCCCAAGUGCUGGGAUUACAGGUGUAUGCAUCGUGCCCGGCUCAUUUUUAAUUCUUAGGUUGCCCCUUAAACAAGUGGGGACGAAUACAUGCUCUGAAGAAGAGCUUAAUGGAGUUUUGAGUAACAGAAGGCUUGAAAAAUUGAUACUGUGCCCCUCCAUGGGACUCUUGAGCUGCAAGGACAGCUGCUCUCUGGCCAUCAGCAGACCUCAGAAACUAGAAACAUUUAUUUCAGGCCCCACCGGCCUGGCCACUGUGGUCAGGAUCGGAAAGCACCUGCCAGGUGCUGCCUGAGCUAACUAGAGAUGUCAAACUGUGGCCUGAGGAGCCCACGCUCCCUACAGUCUUUCCUGGGCGUUCAAGCCACAGCAGGUAUCGAGCGCCCCCUCCCUGCGACUCACGGAAAAGGGAGUCCGUGCGCUCGCGUUCACAGCCAACCUCUGACAAAAGUGCCCACAGGCCCUACUUGACACGAGGAGACUAGGCGCACUCCCGUGGGCGACUGGCCCUGUGCAAGCCUGAGCGGCGCGGGAGGUGACGCCCGGACUUUCUUGCCGUUCCCACACCACCCGGGCCCAGCUCGAGGUCACGAGUGCUUAAGCACGACGGAACUGGGUCUCGCGGCCCAAAGUGGAAGGGGUCGCUCCCCCUUCCAGCCAGGGCCCAAGCGGCGGCUGCUGAUCUUGUCGCAAAGGCCGGGGCUGCGAGUCCCAGACCCCGACUACUGGCGUUACGGGGUCCCGGAAGAUCCGGGGGCUUUUCCGGAAGGCUUCUCCUGCAGCCAAUCGACGUUGAGACUGUCACCGGAAGGAGGCGUAUCCCGGAGCAACCAACCGGCCGGGCGGUCUCGAGUUUGGUGGCGGGAAAGGCCAUGAGUAAAAGCCGGGCCGAGGCUGCGGCCGGAGCCCCAGGGAUCGUCCUGAGGUACCUGCAGGAACAAAACCGGCCUUACAGUGCCCAGGACGUGUUCGGGAACCUGCAGAAGGAGCACGGACUGGGCAAGGCGGCGGUGGUGAAGGCACUGGAUCAGCUGGCCCAGCAAGGCAAGAUCAAAGAGAAGACGUACGGCAAGCAGAAGAUUUAUUUUGCCGAUCAGGAUCAGUUUGAGACGGUGAAUGAUGGUGACCUCCACAGCCUGGAUGACAAAAUUGUGGCCCUCACUGCUAAGGUGCAGAGCUUACAGCAAAGCUGUCGUCACAUGGAGGCUGAGCUGAAGGAAUUAACAAGUGCACUGACCACUCCUGAGAUGCAGAGAGAGAUCCAGGAGUUAAAAGAGGAAUGUGCUCGCUACACAGAGAGGCUGAAGAACAUCAAAGCAGCCACCAACCAUGUCACUCCAGAGGAGAAAGAGAAGGUGUACAGAGACAGGCAGAAGUAUUGCAAAGAGUGGAGGAAGCGGAAGAGAAUGACCAUAGAACUGUGUGACGCAAUCCUUGAAGGAUACCCCAAGAGCAAGAAGCAGUUCUUCGAGGAAGUUGGGAUAGAGACAGAUGAAGAUCAUAAUGUUACGCUCCCAGACCCCUGAAGGGCCCUUGGUGGAGGCUGGGAACAGAUGUCCUGGCUGGCCACCUUGUUUAGGUGGGCUUAUUCUUGAUUUUCUCCACCUUUGGCAGUGGGGAGAAGCACAAAAGCAUAAUAUUGGGUAUAGGGACUCAGGGCUGGUAGUCAGAAAGGGAUGGUCACAUCCAUUUGUUGUCCAUAUUCAGAGGCCUCAACAAGGACUCAAAACAAUCCUAAAGGAAAGUAUUUGGAAUAUUUAUUGUAAUAUAAUUUGAUAUAAAAAUACUUAAUUUCCUCUGGA